CACGUACAUAUAUUGUAAUUUGUUGCAACAGGUAUUUAUAUCUUGUUUAUCUCGAAAAUUUCUUAAAUCAUCAAAUCAAAUUAAAAUAAAAUUCAAAUCAAACUGAAUUCCAUUUCAAAAAUUCAAUCAUUUGGCUCAAAUUCCUAUAUUCUCUCUCAACAACCCUAAAAAAAGAGUUCAUCAUUGCAAAACGAAAGGAAAUCAUCAUCAUCCAAAUACGUAUCAUCAUUCAGUGCAAUGAAGAAUUCAUAAUUUGAAUAUAUUGGUCCAAUAUAAUCAUCACACACACGCAAAAAAAUGAAAUGUCAUCAGAUAUUAACCGGUGCUGUUAAUUCUGGCGAUAAUACCUAUUCAACCGGUUGUAUUGAUGGUAUUAAUUUUACUGUUUAUUGUUCUGGUUGUAAUAUCGUAAUAUUAUCGGGUAAUUUUGAACCAAUACAAAUUAUACCUGGAACAUUGAAUGGAAAUGUUCAAGUUAAUUGUGUUGAUGCAUCAAACGAUGUUGGAAAAAUUGCCGCUUGUUAUGGUGGUCCAAUCAGAUCUAAUCAAUUGAUGCCAGCAAUCGUCAACCAUAGUGGUAUAACAAAUCGUAUAGCUAUUUUUGAACCAAUACCAAUCACUGAUCAGAUUUCCGAUCAUCGUUUGGAUUAUAGAUGGAUAAAAACGGGUGAAAUUGAACCAAAUUGUUCUGUUAGUGUUUUAUCAUGGAAUAUUGAAGGCACUAAAUUAUUGAUCGGUGGUGUACAGAUACAACUUUGGCAUUCAUCAUCAUUAUCGAUUGAUGGCAAUACUAAUACCUGUGAAUCACAACAACAACAACAACAACAAAAAUCAUCAAAUGAUGAAGGUAUACGAAUGAAACCAAUCAAAGAUACAACAACAAUAUCGCAAAAAGAUGGUUGGAACUGUAUUUGGUCAUGUCAGACAUCGACACCAAUUUGUCAUCUUUCAUUUUCACCGGAUGGUACUUUAUUCUGUUCCACUGGUCGUUCUGAUCGUUUAGUGAAAAUCUGGUAUGAAACAACCACACCAAAUUAUCCAUCAAAUUUAUUCGAUACACAAGGCUCAACAGAUCCGUUGAUAUCAUCAUCAUCAUCAUCAUCAUUCUCUACAAUUCCAAAUGUUGGUCAUGGAAAAUCAUAUCGUUCGAAUCUAAGUUAUAGUUUUAUUUAUAUUCCACAUCCACGUGCUGUAAUUGGAAUAUCGUGGCGUAAAGUAAGCAAAUAUAUGCCCAGAGGCUCUGUGGCCAACAUGUUAGUCACUUCAUGUCGUGAUAAUAUUUGCCGAUUGUGGGUACAAACAUUUCUACCAGAAGAUGAUUUGGUCAAUGUUUCACAAUUGGAUAAUGUUUCCGAUAUUGUUACACCACGUGCUCAAACACAACGUCAUAGACAAAAAAUUUUACAUUUUUUUCGUCAUAAAAAAUCGGUAUUCCGUCAUCAUCAUCAUCAUCAUCAUCAUAAUAAAAGCGAUGAUCAUCUUGUGGAUCAUCAUGGAGAUUCUAGUAGUAACUUACAGCAACAAAAUGGCUUGAAUGAUAGUACUCCUAUAUUAAAUCUUCCAUCAACUUAUUCUUGUCAUGAUUUUCAUGGAUAUGGUGUCCAUGGAACGGCAAUCACACCUGGUGGUGUUCAUUUCCAUUUAACCGCUUCGAUUAAUGCUGAAAGUGAUAUUCCACUUGUGCCCAGUUUGACACAACAUCCAUCAGAAAGUGAUAUACAUUCACAAAGUAAUCUUGGUCCAAAAGUGACCGUUAGUCAAAAUGAUGGUUUCGAUUCUCCUGGUGGCGGUGGUGGAAAUAUUUCAUCAUCUUCAAGACAUGGCCAUCAACAACGUCUUCAUCAUCAUGAAGAAUCAGAUAAACCAUUGUUUGUUGUCAAUUGGCUUAAUAAUAAAGAAAUGGCAUUCACACAAAGUGCUGAACGUAUACUGCAUGAAAUAGUUGCAACUAUUGUUGAUGGUGAACAACAACGAAAACAACAACAGGAACAAGCUGAACAGCAUCAACGAGAUCAAGAUGAAAUGUCUGAAGCAUCACAAGCAUUUAGUGAAAAUACUGUAGAAUCAUUUGCUACAAAACGUUCAAUACAAUCUCAUCAGCCAGGUUCAGCUCAGCCAGCAAUACCAUCAUCUUCACGUAAUUCUUCAUCAAACGUUUCUAUUAUGACAGCCGUUGGUCCAGAUCAAUCAACGACAACUGUUAUGCUUCAAGAUCGUGUAUCCGAUCAACAAAAUCGUCGUACUGUUGCCGAUUAUCUGGAUCGAAAAUUGGAAUCAUUAAUGCGUGAAUGGAAUCAAAGUACAGAUUUACUUUACAGUAUUCAUCCAUUGGAUGGUAGUUUACUUGUAUGGUUAGUUGAAUGGUUAGAUGAACCAUGUCCAUCAGUGUUUCGUCAACCACAAAUCAGUUUCUCGUCUCGUAUUCCAAAUUCAUUACCAUUAGGUGACGCAUCCACGAUGUCACAUAAUGUUUCAUUGUAUUCACCACAUUGUUGUUUGGAUUUGAAAACCAUUCUUUGUACAUCUUCAGCAAGUAUAAUCAAUGCUGCAUUACAAUCAAAUAUUGUACAAGCUACUACUACUACUAAUACGGUGGCCAACGAACAACAUCAAUCGGUGAAUUUAGCCCAUAAAACUCAUCAACAACAUAAUCAACAGCAACCAUUAUUUGGUCCUACUUCAUAUGCUACACCUACAUUGUGUAUGAUCACCAAACAUAAUAAUGGAUCAUUGAAUCUAUGGAAAUUAUCUUUCAGUGAAAAAGGACAUUUUACACAAUUGUUGAGUAUCGGUCAUUCACGUAGAGUAUGUGGCCAUCGAUUUCGUGUUAAUGAUAUUUCUUGUCAUCCUGUAUUGCCUUUAUUAUUAACCACAUCGCAUCAUAAUCUUCCUGGAACAUUUCGUAGUCGUGCACAUUCAUUUUCACCAUUCGAUCAUACACCAAACACACCAGAUUCAACAGCAUAUUUGGUUUCGCCUUCAACGCCAAAUCAUAAUAAUCAGAUUAUGGUUGAAUCACGAACAUUUCCAAAUACUGGUUUUUGUUCCGAAUUGAUUCUCUGGAAAGUGGAACCGGUUGGUCCAUUAAUGAAAUUUGGUGGUGUUACAGAAUUGGCACGUAUAAAUUCUUUAGAACCAACAUCAUUUGCAAAUGUAGCUUGGAUACCAACAUUAUUACCAAGUACAACAUUAGGUCCAAUCACUAAUUCACCUAGCGCUUGUUUCGUUGCAUCGGAUGGUCGUCAAUUACGUAUCUAUCAAGUGGUGAUUGAUGCACGAUCAUUAUUAGCCGAAGCACAACGUUAUAUGUUUAGUGCAAAUGAUUCACGACGAUUUUAUUAUGAUUCAUCAGAAGAAGAUGAAGAUGAUGAAACAGGAACAAUGACAACAAAAGAAAGAAAAAAUAUUGAUAAAGUAGAUCAUGAUGCUUUUCGUAGUUUAUUCAAAAUUGUAUCCCUUCAAUCUACAGCUAGACCUGGAUGUGUACUUGAAUUGAGUCCAAUUGUCGAUGCAAGACAUGAUUGGCAAAAUACUCAACUUUUACAUCUAUUUCAAGAACAACUUAUAAUUGGUGAUCGAAAAAUUCGAAUUAAUAAUAAUGAUGAAGAUUUAACAACACGUCGAACUGCUGCUGCUGCUUCUGCUUCCAUUCCGCCUACCAGUGCUGAUUCUUUGAAUAAAACAACAGAUAAAUUACCAUUCGAUUUUGAUAUUCAUGAUUAUAUUGAUUCACGUUCGACCAAUUUUGAGGAAGUAUUCUAUUUGGUUGUAAUUGAAACAACUGGUGUAAAUUCCACAUUACAUAUGUGGCAAAUAACAAUUUCAUCUGGAUCAUCGAAUAAUAAUCGAAAUAAUUUAUCAUCAACAACAGUACCAUUUUCAAGUGAACAAUCGAAUGUUUUUGAUGAAGAUAGUUCACGUAGUGUUUCACCAGAAAAUAAUGGUGCUGAUCAUCAUUAUUCAACAACAAAUCAACAAACAACAUCGCCUUCACGUAUUAAAUCAAAAAAAGUUUGUACACAACGUUUAACAUUACCAUCAAAUGUUGAAAUAAUACAUGCUACACCAUCUGCUGGACAUCUUAGCUCUUCAAAUAUUUAUCCUGCUUGUUAUGCACCAUUUUUGAUUGCCACCGCUUGUAGUGAUAAUCGUGUUCGUUUUUGGAGUUGUAAAGUUUUGACAUCGGAUUUUGGUGUCAAUUAUAAUGAUCCACGAUUUGAAUGGAUCGAAUGGGAAAUGGCCAUUACUGGUAAUCAUCAGCCAUCAUCAUUUUCGAAAUUAACUUCAAUUCAGGAAUCAACAACAACAACGAUAACAACAACAACAACAUCAAGCGUAAUCGAAUUACCUGGAUCUCCUUUACAUAUUUCAUGUGCUUAUUCCGGCAGAAUUGCUUGUGCUUUCAAAUAUGGUCAUUCCUAUAUUGAUCUCUCUGAUGAACUCACGAAAGAAAUCAACAAUUCAUCUGAUGAAGUGAAAGCUAAUAAAAAAGAAUCUCGCUUCAUCAAUGUUGGUAUAUCGAUUUAUGAAUGUCAAUCAUCUGGUGGUUCUGAAUGGGUUCUUGAAGAUACAAUUCGUGUGGAUCGAAUACCAUUGAUUGGACAAUCGUCUGCAGUAGAAAAUCUUGGACCAUUAGUAGAUUUUAAUUUACGUAAUAGUUUACGUAAUAAAUUUUCACCAAAAAUAUCGCCAAAUAUUCAAUCUACCACCAAUCCUUUUAUGACAGAUAUUCAUCUUCAUUCUGAUCCGAUUGCUCAACUACAAAGCAAUAUUAAAAAACAAGCAAUUCAUCCUGUGCCAAGUUGUUCGACUCUUCAUUCAUUGAAACAAACAAUCGCUGAACAAGGAAAUCAAUUUACAUUUUGCCAAAAAUCACCAAUUAUAUUGGAUUGGGUUUCCACUGAAGAUGGUUGCCAUAUGCUUACCUGUUCCGUUGGACAUAAAUUGGCUUUAUUUGCACCGAUUUCACAUACGACAAUUCCAUCAAAUACUGGUGGACAGGAAAAAAUGAUUUCACCUUCACCAUCAACAUUGAUACCACAACAGUCAAAUGCUGCUGCUGUAUCUCCAAGUAGUUUUCGAAUGAAUAUUUUGGAUCUCUCAUUAAGCACGAUACCGGUUACAAGAUGGAUGAUGUUACGCAUUACCGAAUUGAAUUCUAUUGAUGGUUUACCACCAUUACCAAUGCAAUUGUCUUGGGUACGUGAUGGUAUUCUUGUCGUUGGAAUGGACAAUGAAAUGUUGAUAUUUUCACAAUGGAAAAUCCGUUUACCAACAUCAUUGCCGAUUGUUUUCGAACAAAAUCUCAACAUACGUGCAUCGCAUAGAAAUUCAUUAGCUUUUUAUUAUCCAUUCAAUUCAGUAGAAUUUCAAUCCGAUCGAUUGUUCAUUGGUAAUAAAGAGAAUAAAAUGGAUGAACAACAACAACAACAACAUGAACAAAAGCCAACGACUUUAACAUCUAGCAUUAUGUUUGCUAGUGGUGGUGGUGGUGAUAAAAUCAUUUCUGAUGAAUUUGAAGAUUUAGGCGCAUUUGAAUCAUUUCAUAAUUCAUCGCCAGUUAUUCCACAAUAUCAUCCCAAACAAUUAAUGGAAUUAUUAGCAUUUGGUAAAAUACAUCGUGUACGUGCUAUUCUUUCACAUUUAGUCUAUUCAUUAUGUUCAAUCAAUUCAGUGAAAGAAUAUCUACAUCAUCCAGCAAAUAUGCAACAACAACAUUCUAGUUUUGAAUCAUCAUCCGAUCGUAGUCCAAGACAAUGGACCAGAACACGUGCAUUAUCCGUAGCAGCACAACAUUCACCAAGAGGCGAUGUUUAUUCUGGUGAUUCCUAUGGAGAUGCUAAUGCUGCACCAAUUGUAGCUGAAGAAAUUCAAUUAGAUUAUACGGAAAUUGCAUCAAUACGGCCAUUACCAUUAUAUGCUUUGAUUCAAGCUGAUGAAGGUGUAACAAAAGAUAAUAAAACAACGACAAAAGAUAAUGAUAAUAAAUCAACGGCAAAAGAUUCCGGUCUAUCAUGGAAUUUAGAUUCAACGGAAACAUUGGAUUCCGAUUUUCUUGAAUAUAAUUACAAAACACAAGUAGAAGAAACAUUGGAUGAAUUUCUUGGAAACCGAACGGCUUUUAAUUUUUCUAAUGUUGCUACCAACAAAUAUUUGAAAUCUCAACAAUCCCAACAACAACAACAACAACAAGAUUCUGAUACUGAGCUACAUAUUUCAAUUAAUUUUGAUCAAAAACAAGCUCGAUUAUUGACCAAAUUGCUGACACAUUCACAUUUACCUGGUCUUACUAGUCUGGAUCAAAUGCAUCUAUUGGCUUUAGCCGAUUCUUUAGCAUCGUUUAAUGAAAUUGAUCAAAAUCAAGCACGAUCUACACGUGAUGAAUCGAUAAAUUUCUCUAAUGAUUCCAAUGCAGUGAUAGAUGAACAACAACUUGCUAUCACUGCCAAUUCAUUGGAUGAUUGUGGUCUACGAUAUUUAUUGAAUAUGCGACAACAUGUAUAUCUAUUGAAAUGUUUGUCAUUGAAACAACGUAAUACAUUACAAAAAAAUGGUCUUGGAACACAUAAUAUUAUUUGGGCCUUUCAUUCGGAAACACAAGAAGAACUUGUACAGCUGAUAAUGGCUUCAUCCAAUAAAAUUGGUUGGCAAGAAUUACGUGAAUUAGGUGUCGGAUUUUGGAUCAGAAAUAAUAGUCUUUUGAAAAAAGUUAUUGAACGUUUAGCUAAAACAGCUUUCAAACAGAAAAAUGAUCCAUUAGAUGCAUCGUUAUAUUAUUUGGCAAUGCGAAAAAAGAAUCUUGUCUGGGGAUUGUAUCGUUCUUGUCAUGAUAAAAAAAUGACCGAUUUCUUUUCACAUAAUUUCACUGAAGAUAAAUGGCGAAAAGCUGCGCUGAAAAAUGCCUAUGUUUUAAUGGGCAAACAACGUUUUGAACAUUCGGUUUCAUUUUUUCUAUUGGCCGGAUCACUUUGGGAUGCAGUGGAAAUUUGUCUUAAUAAAUUGAAUGAUCUUCAAUUGGCAAUGGUCAUUAUUCGACUUUAUGAAGGUGGUGAUAUUGAUGCCGUUCCUGAGACAUUGAAACGUUUAUUGAAUGAAGAAAUUCUUGGUUAUCAAAAAAAUAUUCAGAAUAUGCAAUAUGCACAUCCGGAUCCAUUCCUUAGAAGUAUGGCUUAUUGGAUGCUUGGUGAAUAUAAUUUAUCAUUAUCCACUUUGCUUGAAAUGAAUGUUGGAAAUAAACAUUAUCAAAUAAUGAUGUCUACCACAAAUAGUCCACAUGUUCAAUCACCAACAACAACAACAACUACAAAAGAAUCAGAACUAUUGAAUGCCGGUGGAGAUCGUUUUGAAGGAUUACAUUCAAAUGUUUUCAAUUUUUAUCUUUAUCUACGUACACAACCAUUGAUUGUACGACGUGCACAAGUUGCACGACAAAAUAUUGAUACACAAGAUGCAAAUAUGCGAUCGCAGAAAAAAUCUCAUAUGUUUACACGAUCAUCGAAUAAAUCAAAAGAUGCUGUAGCUGUUACACCAUUCGAACGUAGAUUAUUCUUUUUGACAGCAUAUCGUCAUCUUCAAGCUGGCUGUCCAUCAUUAGCAUUGGAAGUUUUGUCACGUUUACCGACGAAUAUUGUAUCGGAUUCAGAAAAGAAUGAAAUGGAAGAAUGUAGCCGACGAUUAUCUAUUCCUGAUGCUGCUACAGCUGUUGGUUAUAUUCGUGAAACACCAGAAACACCACAAGCUAAACAACAGCCACAAGCUAAAGCUGCAGAUUUAUUUUCUAGUAAUAAUGAUGUUGGUGGUGGAUUUGAUUGGGGCACACCAUCUUCGAAUAUUUUUGCACCUGUUGCAACAGAUGAAUUUAAAAUUGAUUUUGGCAAAGAUGAUGACGAUGAUGAUGAUGUCGAAUUAUCAGAUGAUGAACGUAAAAAUGAGAAAAAAGUUUUGAUUGAAGAUAAAAAUAUUGAUGCUGAUGACGAUAUAUUCAAUAAUCAUCAAAAUAUUAAAGCUGAAGAUCAAGAUUCAGAAGAAUCUAGUAACAUUGAUAUGAUGGCACAACAAUUUAAAUUCAUUUCCUGUUUGAAAAUUAUUAUGGAAGAGCUAAGCACAUUGGCUACAGGAUUCGAAGUUGAUGGUGGUCAACUACGAUAUCAGCUUUAUAUAUGGCUUGAACGAUCUGUUGAAGUUUUAAAAGAAAUAUGUAAAUAUCAUACAUUUUCAAUGCGUUCCGUUUCAUAUCGAUCUAGCAUCGAUAAUACUAGUACUAAUCGACAUGGACAUAGUUUAGUGCCACCACCACCGCAAUCAGCAGCAACAAAUGAUUCAUCAUCAUCAACAAGUAACAAUAGACAAAGCGGUAUUCUAGUUAAAGUUGUUGGUGGUGGUAAUAAUAAUCGUAAAUCAUCCGAUAAUUCAACAACAUCAAUGACAGCAGCACCAUCAUUACAUGAAAUUCUUUUGGCUGAUAAAGAAGAUUUUCAAUCUAAAUUAGAACGUUGUCAUCGACGAAAACAAUGGCUUUCAACUAAUGAAGCAUUAUUGUUGAAUUUACUUAGUUAUUGUUCAUUGCAUGGUGGUCAUGGUGGUGGAUUAGCAUCCGUUCGAAUGGAAUUGAUAUUAUUAUUGCAAGAAUUACGACAAGAUAGAUCACCACAGCAACAGCUUCUAUCACCAUUGCCAUUACCGACAACAUUACCAUUAUUAACGGCAUCAGUUGCUAGUCAAAAAACUGUUGUUGCUGAUCCAAUACGUCAUCUACAAUCAAUGGCACAUGAUAUUCUACAAACACUAACCGAGAUUAAUACCUAUGUUCACAUCAGAAACAAUACGAAUCAUUUUUCAUUUCCAGAUUUUUUAGCAUUACCACCAUUUAUGGUUUCCGGUACUGCCGCAACUACAUUGAUAUCGAUGAUGAAAGAUUCUUCGUCACAUACACAACAAAUAUCACAACAACAAAAUUAUAUUGGAACCUUGUAUACAUUGAUUCAUAUUCUACGUGAUUUGGGUAUAUCAUUAUCAUCGUGUAUAUAUCAAUCACUUUGUGAUUGUGAUUCCGUCACACAAGGCAGUCCAAUCAAUGUACCUACAGGAAGUAAUGUGAAUAAAAAAUUUUUAUCACGAUAUAAAGAUAAAGAUCUUGGUACGAAAAUAGAUCCAAGUGGAACGACGACAAGUAGUAAUAGUGGUGGUGAUGGUGGUGCAGAAGAUAAAUCUGGUCCAACUACAAAUCCGUCAAAAUGGCCUGGUGUUCAAGCAUUACAGGCGUUGAUUGCACGUGAAAAAGAUGAAGAUCUUCCAAAAUUACAUACAUUAUUAUGUGAAGGAUUUGUUGCCGUUUAUCUUAGUCAACUUGUUUAUGCAUUAACAAUUUGUGAUUCAAGCAUUCUAUAUCGUUUAAUUGGAUUAAGAUUUUCUGAAAAAAGUUGGGGUGAUUUAUUUGGUGGUGGUACUAAAAAACUUUUAUAUGUUUCAACAUCUACGGUUACAUUGGGACAAAGUCCAGGAACAAUAUCACCAAAUGAAACUACGGGAACAUUGAAUGGAACAACAACGAAUCCGGCAACAAAUUCACCACAUUAUGAUCUGUUAAACACGUUAUCAAAACAACGUAUGAAAUUACAUAUGAAAAUUCUUGAACAAUUGAAUCAAGCAGCUGAAGUUGUCGGUAAUGUUGCUACAUCACCAAGUAGUACAUUGCAAAAUAUUACGAAUCCAUUUUUGGCCCAACAACAACAACAACAACAACCUGGUCAAUCUAAUUCAGGAUUAACAGCACCAACAUUGGAACAACGACCUACAUAUCGUGAAGUAUUUGUACCACCAAAUAAAUCCAUUAUCAAUCAUUUGAUGGUCAAACCAGAAUUACCUGAUGAUCUAAUACAUUUGGAUUAUGAUUCAUUCGGUAGUGAAGAUGAAAUGGACGAUGAAAAUGAUGAGACAUCAUUAUUAUCAAAUAAAUUCCGUACAAGUGAUACAAUCACAAUCGAUGAUGAUGAAUAUAAUGAAUGGGCAACUGGUGGUAAUAAAUCAAUGAAAAAUAAAAUGGAUAAAUCUAUGGAACGUAAAAAAGCCAAUUUAGAAUAUGAAUUAUAUGCUUGGUGUAUAAUCAGAUUGGCUGCAACGAAAAUUUCAUAUGAACAAAUUAAUAAUUUUCUUCAAAUUGCUGGUAUUGAGAAAACUGAACUUCCUACCAUUAGUCCAUUUAUUCAUAGUACAUUGCGUACAAUAAUUCGUUGGCAAUGUUCAUUACAAUUUUAUAUGAAUGAAUUUACUAAUAUUCCAGAUCAUUUUCUACCAAAUAUGUUUGUGGAUAAUAGCCGAUCAAGUGGUUCAAUACAACGAUAUAAAUCAUUAUUUGAAAAUAAUAAUACACCAUUUCGUGCCGGUUACACGUCGAUUAAAUCGGCUAAACGUCUUUGGAAUUAUUUGGUACGACAGCCAUCAGUUCAAGAUAUUUUUAUACGAUAUAUUUUCGGUAAAGAUCGUUCGCUAAAAUUAGCACGUGAUAAUGGUGCAACAUCCGUAUGUAAUGCUAAUUCAGGUGUUGUUGCCAUAAAUGAUCAAUAUGAUAGUAAUAAUGAUAAUACAAUGAAAACAACUUUGGCACAAUCAACAAAUGAAGAUGUCGAAAUGUUAGCUACUAAUAAAACAACAGAAUCUGCUGUCAUUUCAUCAACAAAUGCUGCUGCACGUCGUAUUAUGGAACCAAUGCGUAUUGUUCAUAAAGAUCAAGAUAAUAUCAGUGCAUUCUGUAUGGAUCGUUCAAAUAGUGGUUUGAUUGCUUUAUCAACACCUAAAGAGAUACAAGAACUGAAUAUAAAAUCAUUACUAGAAGUAUGUGUACCUUGGUUGGAAGAGGAUACUGAAAUGGAUAUUUAUAAUUUAAAACAAAGAUCAUUCCAAACAUCAUCUUAUGUUGAUUUUUUAUUGGUACAACAUCCAGCUGAUCGUUUACAAACAUCACCAGGUGGUUUAGCCUUUCAGAAACAAUCAUCAUCAGCUGCAACAACUGGUGGUGUUGGUGGUGGCAGUAAUCAACAACAGCAAACACCCACAAAACAGCCCAUUCUGUCUAAACACCAUUUUCAAGGAAAUACCAAUCCUUACUUUUGUCAAUAUAUCUUUGAAAGAAGUCGUCAUAUUUUUAAGCCGGUGAAACGACAUAAAACCGAAACUGUUCGACGAUUGGCUUCUCAUCCAACGUUGCCUUUAUAUUUAUCCGGUGGUCAAGAUGGCUGUGUUCAAUUAUGGGAAUGGACCUAUCAGCAGCCAAUAUCGACGCCAAGACCAGCUGGAACUUAUGCCAAAGUUACUCAUGUUGGUUUCAGUCAACCAGGCAGUAAAUUUGGUGUUACUGAUAGUGAUGGAACAUUAUCAUUAUGGCAAACGGCUAACACUAGUGCUAAUCCAUUCUGGAAUUUUCAAUGUCACAAUAAAACUACAAGCGAUUUUACAUUUUUAUCAUCAUCAUCACUGUUGAUGGCAGCUGGACAUUCAACUGAUCAUCGUAAUGUAGUACUGGUGGAUACACUUGUACCACGUGAACGUAGCAUUGUCCUGGCAUUUGCUUGUCAUGAACAUAACGGUGCUUCAUCGAUUAUUUUCGCACCAUUAAGUCAAUUGAUUAUCACUGGUGGUAAAAAAGGCGAUAUAUUCAUUUUCGAUAUUCGACAACGUAUUCAAAAAGAUCAUUUUCAUGCACAUGAUUCGGCUGUUAAAUGUAUUGCAUUGGAACCGAAUGAAGAAUUUUUUGCAACCGGUUCAGCUGAUGGUGAUAUCAAGGUUUGGUCAUUAUAUGGAUCAAAUCGAUCACUUUUACAUUCAUUUCCUGGUGAGCAUGCACGUAAUACAUUUUUCCGUAACAUUGGUAUGGGUGUUUCUCAUCUCUAUAUCGAUACAUGUGGCCGGUUAUUUUCAUGUGGUGCUGAUGGAUCAUUAAAGAUGCGUCAUUUGCCAACAUUGGAAUGUCAGCCAACGAAUUUUUUUAUGCCUCAUUCUCAAUCAUCUGCAUCAUUAAUUUUUGGUAAUAGCAAUAACACUGUUGAUAAUGAUCAUGAUCAACAGCAACAGCAGCAGCAACAACAACAAAAUCGGCCAUCAAAUUCUUAUGAAUCUAAUAACUAUAUCAAUGGUACAACCAUAAUUUGAAAAAAAAGGCAAAUCAACUAAAGAAUUCAACAAGUGAUUCUAUGUACAUUAUCAUCAUUUUUUUUUUUUUUUUUUUUUUGGUUCUCUGGGUGAUUUAUUUAUCUACGGUCUUGCCAUUUAUGUAACCAAUUUUUUUUUAUAUAUAUUUAAUCCAGAAAAUAUUAUAAUGUUCAUUUUUCUUCGAACCACAUGGUGGUUUUUUUUGAUAGUUUUUCGCUAUACUUUCAAUGUGCAAUGUCUUGUUUGUCUUUGUUUUUUUUUGUUUGUUUGUUUGUUUGCUUGUUUUUUUGUUUCAUAAACUUAUACCCAUCAGUUU